AUGUCCGAACAGGAACCAAAUAUAAAUGAAGAAAAUGGGUCUAUCGCAGAAUCUUCAAGUCUUAAUACUAAAUCCACUAAAUCUUCAAUUCCUUAUGCAAGUACUAUUAGGACUGCGAGCCUUUUUACCGAAUCUACUAGAGCAUCAAGUCAAUAUACAGAAUAUGAUCAAAAUGACGAACCAUUUAUAUUAAAUGAGAAACAAAGGGAAAGAGAAAAUGCAUUUUUGGGAUAUUAUGAAUGUUUAAACAGUGGUAACUCGAACUUAAAUAUUCCGACAAUGUCCAUAUCCACAGCUAGAAUUGAUUUACAUGAUGUAAUAUCAAGAAAACAUGUGAUGAAAGAAGGAAGGCAUUUAAUUUUAACCAAAAUUAAAGAAUCUCCACAAAUUAAAAAUACUUCACUUUUUAUUAUUACGGGUAAGGGUUGGAAAAAACAUGGGGAAUAUAGUGGAAAAAAAUUCAAUCAAUUUCCUGCAUGGAUACAAGAUGAUGGAAUCGUAAUGGAAACCCUAUAA